UUCUCUGUAGUCUCUUGAUUUAGGGCUUUGGCCCAUUAAAGGCGCCACCAAAAGCCCAUCACUAAUUUGGGACACUUUUUUGUAGGGGUGGCUAUUUGGACCGGGACCGGAUUAAAAACCGAAAACCGGACCGUAUAACCCGGACUGAGACCGGACCGAGACCGAAUAGUAAACAAUCCAAUCCAAUCUUUGGGUUUAGAUUUGAGAUAAAAAACCGGAUAAAGACCGGAUAAGAGAGCUCAACACCCAAAACUUAAGGGUAAUUUGCAUAAACGGUCACAAACCUUUGCACUUAGUACAAAACUUAACCAACUCCUCACCCUUUAAGGCCUUAGGCCACUCAAAUCCCACAAUCUCAAUGUAAAAUCAAGACCGAAUUGGGACCGGACCGGAUCAAGACCGGACGGUAUCCAAUCCAAUCUUCGGUCCUUAUAUUUUCAAAAAGACCGAACUGGACCGGAUCAAUUUGGGCCAAUUUAACCGGACCGGACCGUAUAGCCACCCCUACUUUUUUGUUUGUUCGAUGACUCUAUGUCUCUAUCUAAACAUUUACAUUUGACAUGUCUUCAUGUCAAUUUUAACCCUAGAGUUGGGGCUUAACCCGGAUAAUCACACCCGUUUUAACCCGGUCAGAACCCAACAAACCCGAUCGGGUCGACCCACAGCAGCGGGUUCCGGGUUGGUAAAAACGUCCGUUUUUUCACAGUUUUGAGUUUUCCCUUCGGUUUGCAAUUUUGCUUCUCUAACCCUACCUCUGUUAUCUUUUUCCUCGCGAGCAGAGUCGCGGGCCUGGUGAGUUGAUCAGUCCACCGAGUCAGAGUUAAGCGGCGCCGUUGGUAUGAGCAGGGGGAAACCCUUGACUCAAGUCUCAACGUCAACGUCGUUCACUCCAUCUCCCUCCCGUUCACCGUUCCGCCUCUCUCUCUCCGCCGUCCCGGCCGUGUCUCCCAUCCACCAACUGACCCGACCCGGAAAUUACAACACUGCUCUCUAAUCUCCGGGUGAACGCUAGAACCCUCCAAAAGACACUAAAACCUCACGAGCUUUCUUCUGAACUUCACAGUCACACAGCUCAAUUCGGAACGCAAGCUAAUUUCAGCUAAAAACCCUGCAGUUUUUUCGAGGCCAUGGAACAAGCUCAAUCACCCUCAAUCGGCGACUGCUUGAAGCUGCUGAAGGGCGAAAGAGACGAGCAGCGCCUCGCCGGGUUGCUUCUAGUCACCAAAGUUUGCCAAAGAGACGACCUAGCCUCGCUUCGUGCGGUUUAUGAUGCCGUCGACGUUCGGUUUCUCGACAGGCUCUUCAAGACUGGGAUGGGUAAAGGAGCUGCAGCAGGCAGUGGUUUGGAUAACCGAGAUGCGUAUUUGCAGCUAUCAGUCACGAUUGUUGCUGCGUUUUGUCGCAUUCCAGAAAUUGCUGCUUCCAUGGACAUGGUAUCCAAGGUUCCCAUGGCCCUGAAGAUAAUGACGGAAUCAAAUGAUGCUGUUCUUGAAGAAUGCUGUGAAAUUCUAUAUCUGGUAGCAACUUCUUCAGAAGAUGGAGUAAGCACGUUUUGUGAAUCUGAGGGUCUUAAAGUCAUAGCUUCGAGAAUGCAUACUAUGUCUGAUGGUUCUCGUACCAUGGAACUGUCAAUUAAGAUAUUACAAUACGUGCUUAGUAAGCUCCCUCGAGACUUCAUCACAAGCAGCCAUCUACUGGACCUUGCAACUGUGGUGGAAUCAUUGGCAAGACAGUUUGCUGUAUUGCACAGUCCUCUGAAAUUUGAAGCACUUCAUUUACUUUCAGUGAUUUUCUCUUCGAAGUAUUUGGAAUCACUUCGUGAAACCUUGCGUGUAAUGGGAGACAGCAAGUGGUCUGACUAUAUCCACAUCGGUGUUAUGGACAUUUUACAAAAUCGAGUUGCUCCUGCUGAUAAGGUUCACGCCCUUGUUCUGGCUGAGUCAAUGUUGUCUAUAUCAGGGGAAUCCUGGCUGCUUCGCCAGCCAAACUUGACAGAUUGCAAGGUGUCUGUGCCCGUUGAUAGGUGUCUAUUGCUUGUCUUGGAGUCUGCAAGAGUAGAAGUGGCUGUUUUGCUGAACGAACUGGCUUAUCUCAAGUAUGAAGCUUCAAAGUAUACCUCAAGUAGUGACACUGCUCUCUCAACAAAGCAGCAGCACCUAACUGUUGCAUUUUCCUUGGUUGAAGGAAUAAUCAAACUAAUAUCAACCAUGGGUGAAAAUGAAGAAGUCAUUAGUGAAGCAACCAUCAUAAAGGUGAUCAAUGGGCUUAAUGAGACAGUUAAUGUAGUAUUGGAGUACUUGCAGGAUGCAAAGGAGCAUGGACAAAAGAAAGGAAAUGACCUGAUUGCUUCAGUAAGACUUGUUGGGAGUUACCUCGCAGAAACACCCUAUGCGUCAAGUGACAAAGUCAGAGAACUUUUGGAGUACAUGUUGUCAAUUGAAGGUGAAGAUGAAGCAAGCCCUUUCUAUUCCAUAUGCUUCUUACUUCCAAUGCUGUGCCAAAUGACAAUGGAAAUUCAAGGGUGCAAAACUUUGAUUUCAUCCAGAGGUCACAAAGCUGUGGUUGAGUUUCUUGUAAAGUUGCUCUGUAAUCCCGUGACUGAAGACAUGGAUCGCAUCUUUUUGGCAUGCGACACAGUAAUGAACCUUCUUUUGAAGCAAGAGGAGGUACACUUCCAGAUGGAAGAAUCAAGUUGCAUUGGUCUCUUGAAUGCAUUGGCAUUUUGGGCAGAGGAGUCAGAUGAUCCAUCUGUGCUAAUGAUGGCUGCGAGUAUAUGUGUACUGGGAUUAGAUUUCACAUCAGAAGCAGCCCUUCUAAAGCAUCCUAAUUUCGACUCGAGAUCACUUACUCGUCUUUGCCACCUCAUCUCAAGAAGCUUCGCUUUUGCUACUCAGGGCAUGGCAGAUGCUGUUCGAUCAGAAACAGACCUUAUUGAGAUUAUUACUUCAGGUUUUUCACGGUGGGCUGAUCGGUUCCCUAGCAUAAAAGCAGCAGUUUUGGGAGUUUGAGUAUGGUUGCCUUGCAAACAAUCGGUUUAGGAUUGCAUCCGGCUGCUAACUGAUAAUCCAUAGCAAUACAAAAGCGCUUCAGAUGUUUCUAUCAGGCGAAGAGCUCUGUACUGCUUGUUCUGUACGAAUGGAGUCAAUGACUUGUACAUUACGACAUAUCUACCAGACCUCAAUUAGGAACUAUGUAGUGCACAAUGUCCUUAAUCCUCUACAUGUAUAAGUGGAACAGUGUAGCUUUAGCCAGUGUUGAACACUAUUAGCAAUAUAUUAUGAAACCAUAAACAUCAUUUUAGCCC